GAAAGGUGAAAAGGGACUUUCCAUGUCAUGUGACGCCGCGUACCUACAUUGUACCCGUGACCGUUGUACUCGGGACCAGCACACCGCCCGCACAAUUGGUAGGCUCUGGCCUCCAAAGCUGUGUCAUGGGCACCCUGCAGGUCAUGGUCAGGUUCAACUCGAACCACAGUUUCAUAGUGAGGGUCAACACGUCAUGGACCAUCGCCAGGUUCAAACAGGAGGUGGGCAGGGUACAGGGCGUGCCGUCUGACCAGAUACAUAUCCUUUUCGCUGGUAGGGAUCUACCGGAUUCACUGAGAAUCCAGGAUUGUGGCCUUGGUCAGCAGACUGUUGUCCAUGCCAUAAGUGGACUGCCCCAGCUGUCAGUGGACGCCCGGAGCCAUGCUACAGCGCCCCGCUCUCUCAGCGAUGUAGACCUGAACUUACAACCCGCUGGGGCUGGUGCUGCUGCAGGUUUCCUCCCAUCGUACUUCGUGUACUGUAAACAGCCCUGUAAGGCAGUCAAACCUGGGAAGCUGAGGGUUAGGUGUGGCACGUGCAGACAGACAACACUUACUCUGAACAGGGACCCAGCCUGCUGGGAAGACGUCUUGGUGCCUAGAAGGAUCCAGGGCAGGUGUCUGUCCAGCGGGUGUGCGGGAACCGUGGCCGAGUUCUACUUUAAGUGUGCGGACCAUCCCACGUCUGAAGAUGACACGUCUGUGGCACUGCCGCUGGUGAGGACGAACACGCAACACGUGGACUGUCUCGCCUGUACUUACGUCAGGACCCCUGUGAUGGUGUUUGAGUGCGCUGACAGCCACGUCAUGUGUCUGGACUGCUUCGCCCGCUACUGCGUCACCAAGUUGAAUGACAGACAGUUCAUUCAACACCCCACGCUGGGAUACACGCUUCCCUGUCCAGGUGGUUGUGACAACUCUCUGAUUAAGGAGGUCCAUCAUUUCAGAAUGCUGGGAGAGGAACAGUAUGACCGUUACCAGCGGUUCGGUGCGGAGGAGUGUGUGUUACAGAUGGGUGGGGUGCUGUGUCCGGGGAGGGGCUGUGGGGUGGGGAUACUACCGGACGGGACCACCAACAUGGUGGAGUGUGUACGGCAGGCAGGCAGUGGCUGUGGGUUCGUGUUCUGCAAGGUUUGUAAGGAAGCUUACCACACUGGUCCAUGUGGUGAGACUGCGCCACAGCCCUCAGCACCAGCUAACAACUACCGUGUGGACAUUCAGCGGGCUCGCCGUGCACGCUGGGAGAGGCGCACAGCCGCCACCAUCGCGAGAACCACCAAGGCCUGCCCCGGAUGUAAGGUUCGCACCGAGAAGAACGAUGGCUGUAUGCACAUGACCUGUCCGAGGUGCCGCUUCCAGUGGUGCUGGCUGUGUGAGGAGGAGUGGGGGAUAGACUGUAGGGAAAGGCACUGGUUUGGAGAGAGGGGUUAAGAAUUAGUUUUUAGAUAAACAGUUGUGUUCAUACGUUCAUAUGGAGAUAAUGCUGUACAAGCUAUUAAACACAGAUGAAAAAUUUAAUAGGUGUUAUAAA